AUGACCGCCGGAAGCGCCACCACCUUCACCAGCCAGUUCCUCGGUCGGCCUGCUACCAGCGGCACUCUCUCUUUCCCUGCCUCCAAAUCCUGCGCCUCCAAAUCUUGUGCUUCUACUGGCCGCACUCGUUGCGCUGCCGCCAAGUCUGCCAUCAGUGAUGGUUCGGAUCGAAACAACGCGGCUUCUUCCCGCGCCCACGGGAAACCUGCCCACGGAAAGCCUGCCGUGGCAAGGCGGUUGCGCGGCGGCGAGCUGGCUGCCAGCAUGACCGCCGUGGCCGCGCCUCUCUGUGACUCGAUUUCUCCCUCUUUGCACACUGUGCUCGAAUCGCCUCACAAGACCAGUCAUGACAUCAUGGCGACACCCUGGGACUGGGACACCAGCGAGCAGCAGCCAACAGCGCCGUCGCAAGCGCAGCCCAAAGCGCAGCCCAAAGCGCAGCCCAAAGCGCAGCCCAAAGCGCCGCAUGAGAGCGUGGCGAGCAAGCUGUGCAACGCCAUAGAGCGAUGGCUCAAUGCAACGGUCAAGGCGCCGCCCAGCAGGACGUUUCUCGAGGGGAGCUUCGCCCCUGUGGAGAACGAAAUCAGGCCAGUCACUGACCUCCCCAUCACUGGCCAUCUCCCAGUAAGUUCCUGCCACAUAUCUACUCCAUGCCUUCCCCCUGGUUUCAUCCUGCCUUCUCACUCUCUCCCCCCUGGUGUCCCCCUCCUCCACUUACUCCCCUGCCCGUCUCCCCGCCCUCCCAGCAUGCUGCACAGCGUGCGCAUGAAGGGUGGCAAGGCCAGCUACGCCAACCGCUACGUGCGCACGAGCCUUGAGACCAUGCUGCACAGCGUGCGCAUGAGGCACGGCAAGGCCAGCUACACCAACCGCUACGUGCGCACGAGCCGUGAGACUGUGCGCAUGAGGCACGGCAAGGCCAGCUACACCAACCGCUACGUGCGCACGAGCCGCUUCACGCAGGAGGACGCCCACCAGCGCGCCAUGUUCCUCAAACUCAGCGACCUCGUGGGGUACGCGGGACUGGGCAGGCUCCUCUUAGAGCAGCUGCGGUUCGGGCUGGGCGUGCUUGACGGGUCGCAGGGGAACGGCACGGCCGACACAGCUCUCGCCUUCCACGCGGGGCGGCUGCUGGCUCUGUAUGAGGCCGAUGUGCCGUAUGUGAUCGAGGUGAAGCCCGAUGGGGACCUGGAGACGAGAGGCAGGAUGACUUACGACGGGCGGCUCACGCACCCGUUCACCGCGCACCCCAAAGUGGACCCGGUAACCGGCGAGCUCUUCACGUUUGGCUGUGAGCCCGAUGCUCGGUUCCUGACCUACCGAGUGGUGUCCAAAGCAGGGGAGAUGGGCCCUCCCGUGCACAUCACCAUCCCAGCGCCCACGUUGAUGCAUGAUUUCACCAUCUCGGAGAAUUACGCCGUGUUUCUCGACCUUCCAUUGGAGUUCACACCUCACGCGGUCAUCAACAACAAGAUGCCGUUCCUCUGGAACCCGGACCGGCCGGCCAGGUUCGGCGUCUUGCCUCGGUACGCGGAGAGCGAGGCGGAGAUGCGGUGGUUUGAGCUGCCGCCACUGUUCAUCUUCCACACGGUGAAUGCGUGGGAGGAGCAGACGGAGGGAGGCGAGACGGAGGUGGUGCUGAUUGCAAGCCGCUACGACAGCAUCACCAGCCUGGAACCAGAGCCUGGGUUCGGCUCCGAGCCUGUUUUCGUGCCUCGGAGUGACGAGCCUGGAGCAGAGGAGGAUGACGGUUACGUGCUGUCAUUUGUGUUUGACAGCAACACAGAGGCAUCGGAGGUGGUGGUGCUGGACGCCAGGACCAUGGCCUCUACACCGGUCGCAACCAUCCACCUGCCGCAGCGCGUGCCAGCCGGCAUCCAUGGCAUCUUUGUCUCCGAGGAUCAAUUAUCCACUCAGAUUUGCUUUUGA